AUGGAGAGCAAGAAAGAAGCUGGUUCUUCAUCCUCAUUAACUGCUGAUCAUUUUGGUUCCAAACAAUCAUCAUCCAAAGGGAUUUUCGGUUCAAUUUUUCCACCUCCAUCAAUGUUAUUAGAAUCAUGGACGAAACAGCCUUUACAACAUGGAAUGCAAGCUCCACUUGCUGGGAGUGCAACCUAUAGCAUAGCCAACAAGGAAAGGAACUCUGUUUUCCAAGAAGAAAGGAUGGAACCAUGCCAUUUAAGUUCAUCUAUUUACUAUGGAGGCCGAGACAUAUAUGGUCACCCCUCGAGUACCAAAACUUCUACAUCAUAUCCCAUAUUUAAGAAAGAUGGAGAAGAUCCUAAGGGGAGAAAUCCACAGGAUGCUUCUAGGGGAAACUGGUUCGCUCUAUUAUUAGAGCCUAGCCCUGCGAUGCACAGCACUGUCCAUCAGUUUCCUAGGGAACUUUUCAUAAAAGCAAGCAAAUAA